AUAGAUUGACUUUGACGGUAUUACCGUAUUGAUGUAUCCAUGUAUAUAGUGCCUUGCAGUCAACAAACUAAAUAGAUAGAGGCUGUUUCAAAUCCCCAGCUCGAGACCACCAUUCUCCAAAGCAUCAUCCCCCCAGCCGCGACAGCUCACCCGACAAAAUGGAUACGAUGGCAGAAACCAUGUUCGACGAAAUAGCUAAACGCUACGAAGCCGCCUUCUCCGAAGACCCAAGCCUCCACCAAAUCAUCGACCGGGUCCUCCCCCUCCUCCCCCGCAACUCCUGCAUUCUCGACGUCGGCUGCGGCACCGGAAAACCAGUCUCCUUCCGGAUGGCCAGAGCCGGCCACAAAGUCACCGGCAUCGACAUCUCACAGCAGAUGCUCGGGAUCGCAGAACGCCAGGUCAGCUCCUCCGGCUUGGAGGCGGAGUUUGAAAAGACGGAUAUGACCAAGUAUACUCCCGCGGACGGGACGAGAUUCGAUGCGAUCUUCGCCAUUUUCUCCUUGUUCAACAUCUCCCACGCCCAGACGAUGGAGAUGCUGGGCAAGUUCAGGGAAUGGUUGAAGCCCGGGGGGAGGGUGGUGAUCGCGACGAUUCCCAGCGAUUGCAUGUUCGACGAUAGGUCGCUCUACGAUGAGUCGGGCAAGUGGAUCGAUCAGAAACCGAUGUAUUUCAUGGGCCAUGAUUUUGUGGGCAGUGCGGCGACGGUGGAAGGGUGGUAUGAUGCUUUGCGCGGGGAGGGCUUCGAGAUGGAAUCCGAGCUCCGGUAUCAGUUUGCGUCGGAUGACCGGGAGGCGCAUAAGACGGAUCCGGACCAUCAGUAUUUUGUUGCGAGGGUGAAGAAUUAGGACAUAUUUGUAUAGUCUUUCGAGAUUCACAGAAACGGAGAAAAUAUGUUGUAGAUCAAUAUGUUAUGAUAGUAACUGGCUUGUAUGAUAUCAAUGUCU